CUCGUAAAGGCCAAGAAUGGGGCCGUCGCUACUGAGGAGGUUCACUGCUCAGAAAUCGGUGUCGAAGUUUUGAAGGAGGGUGGAAAUGCAAUGGAUGCAGCAGUAGCCUCAUGCCUUUGCAUCGGCCUUAUCAAUUCGUUCUCGGCCGGUAUCGGUGGAGGUGGAUUCAUGACCAUCCGCCUCCCUAAUGGCACAGUUGAAGUCAUUGACUUCCGAGAGACAGCUCCUGCAGCGUCUACCCCUCUCAUGUAUAAGCAUGACCCAAUCCUAGCUCAGAAAGGUGGACUCUCUGUAGCAGUUCCAGGUGAAAUCCGUGGUCUCGAAUUAGCACAUCAGCGACAUGGAAGGUUGCCCUGGCAACGGUUGUUUAAACCAAUUGUCAAGAUGGCCAGAGAAGGCUGGGCAGUCGGACCUGAACUAGCGCGCAGACUUCAAUUGGUCAAGAAGAUGAUUGAGAAAGAGCCGAGUUGGUCGCAAGUUUUUGCGCCUGCAGGUAGUGCACUGAGAGAGGGAGAGUGGGUCAAAAGAAAAGCUCUCGCUAAGACAUUAGAAACUAUAGGGAAGGAAGGAGCAGAUGCAUUUUAUACAGGCGAAAUUGCUCAGAUAAUUGUUGACUAUGUUCAAGCGAAUGGUGGGAUCUUGACGAUGGAUGACAUGCGAAAUUACAAGCCAUUAGUCAAAGAACCCGUGGUUGGGUUCUAUCAAGGUCGUAAGGUCUAUACAACACCUGCACCAACUAGCGGGCCUGUUUUGAUCAGCAUGUUAAAUAUCCUAGAACGGUACAACGUUGGCAAGUUCAAGGAGGAUGCCGAUGUGGAAACCCAUCGUUUCGUUGAAGCCAUGAAAUUUGGAUUUGCUCAGAGAACAGAGCUUGGGGAUCCAGACUUUACAGAUUUAGGUGACAAGAUCAUCAAUAUGAUGUCAAAGGACACAGCAGCAUCGAUCCGAGCCAAUAUCUCAGACACUCGCACGUUCCCUGUCGAUUAUUACAAUCCUCAUUGGGGAUCCAUUGACAACCAUGGGACGACACAUCUUUCCACUGUAGAUGAGGAUGAUAUGUCUGUUGCAUUGACCUCUACAGUUAACCUGCUUUUUGGAUCCAAGCUAAUGGAGCCCAAAACAGGGAUAAUCCUGAACGAUGAGAUGGAUGACUUUUCAAUUCCUGGCCGAGCAAAUGCCUUUGGCUUACAGCCAUCGCCUUUCAAUUAUCCAGAGCCUGGAAAGAGGCCUCUGUCGUCGUGUGUGCCGACAAUUGUGGAGAAAGACGGUAAAUUUGAAAUGUCGCUUGGAGGAAGCGGGGGUUCUAGGAUUAUAACAGCUGUAUUGCAGACGAUGCUGAAUGUCUAUAAUUAUAAUCAAAAUAUUAUGGAUGCGAUCGAGAAUCCAAGGAUCCAUCACCAGUUGAUGCCCAACGUAGUGGAUAUUGAAGAAGGAUAUCCGACAAGUGAAAUCCAAUUUUUACAGGACGUGAUUGGCCACAAUGUCACGACUUUUAACCGUCUCCUUGCAAAGGCGGAAGUUCAAGCAGUAAUGCGAGAGACAGAUGGUUUCAUUUACGCGUCAAGUGAUACGCGCAAACAUGGAAUUGCUGCUGGCUACUAG